UGACUAAAGAGAGACCAGCUACAGACCAGUUACAACACCCUGACUAAAGAGAGACCAGCUUCAGAAGGAUAGAGAUGAUAUCAUGUCAAAGUUCUCUAAUAUGAAACAGAAAUGUCCUGAAGGCUGGCAGAAGUUUGAAUCCAGUUGGUACUUCCUGUCUACAGUGAAAAAGCCAUGGAGGGAGAGUAGACAGGACUGUCUGGAGAGAGGAGCUGAUCUGGUGAUCGUAAACAGUGAUAUGGAACAGGAGUUUCUCUUUGGCCUUACUAAGAGAGCCUGGAUUGGUCUGACUGACUCUGUUACUGAGGGGACCUGGAAAUGGGUGGACGGCACACCACUGACCACCCCAAGUUACUGGCACAAACUGCAGCUUGAGAAUGAUGGUGACACCCCAGCAAAUCGGAAGGAGGACUGUGUUGAGCUGAACACAGAAACAUGGCGUCCUGGAAAGGCAUGGAAUGACCUGUCAUGUUCAGACAAUCAUUACUGGAUUUGUGAGAAAGUGGUUUAACAACACCAUGACAACAGAGGAGGCUGGUGGGAGGACUGAAAGGAAUUUUAUAAUAUCUGUACAUUACAAUUCUACCGGUGAUUGCAAAAGUACAAUGAUUAAUGCUUUGCUUGAGCUUGAGAUUAAGAAUCAGUGAUAGACCUUGCAAGUGCAUGAAAAGGUCAACUGUGCAAUGUCAUAUGUUUGUGUGUUGAAACUAUACUUUGGGUAACAGAUAGAUAAAGGGAACCAAGUGUUCCUGUUGUUGCUAUGUUCCAGUCUUACUUCUGCUUGCACAUGACAGCAAAAAUGGGAAGAGUGAUUGGGAAACUAACUGCCAAUAACACAAUAAGCUGAACUCUGCCUAGCAGAGACAUCUUUGUAGUAGCAACUAUUAAUUAUGAGCUUAUAUGGUAUUAAAGUUAAGGGACAUCACCCCGGGUGGGGUGAUCCUCAGGGGAUAAAAAGGGAAAACACCAUAUUUUGUGAUGAGUGUGUUACAUGCAAAUUACUGUAAGUGUAAACUCUGGCUUGCAAUCCGGCUUGCAAUCCUUAUUAAACACACUAACCUCUGA